AUGACCGGUGUCGCUGCUCUCCCGGAGACCCUCACUAUUGUUCCCAUGGCUAUGAUCUUUGGAGCCCUUGCAGAAAAAGCGGGAACAUAUCGGGUCGUAUUUCAAAAUCGAAUACUUACUGAACUCAGAGCCAUCCCGGACUUUACCAUACUCGCAGCACAGUUUGGGUAUACUCUUGGCAAAGUAGUUAUGGAUGCAGUGGCUUUGAUACCCUUGAUCAAUGCUCUGCCACCUGAUACUCCUGGAGUGGUGGACUUCAGACUUGUUUCCGCAAAAUCGAUCAAGACCAUUUGGAUUGUCAUGUGUUUAUUUGCUGUUGCUGGAUUCAUCUCUAGUUGCUUUGUUAAAGGCUAUCAUCUUGAUCAAGCUCUUGUGACGGAUCAAGGUUUUGCAAUUGGCGUGAAGAAAGUCGGUGCCCAGAAAUCAGAAUCGAUAUGA